CCGAAUCGAGCGUCCCCAUAUAAGCAACGCCUGGAACCGGCUCUGCGCACACGUGGCGUAUACGAGGCCGGUGGUGGAGAAGUGCGACCAAUUUUCAUAUCUUUGCGCGCCUUCGGCAGUUCGUAAACAGAACACCACCGAGAGCGGAGCGACUGCUCAGAUCGAGGCAUGAUGAAGCCACUGGCAACGCUGGCCACUAUCCUGGCGGUGAGCUGCUUCCAGCUCUCUCUCGGCCAGACGGAGAAGGAACAGAAGCUCAUUGCAGCGAACAAUGAAUUUGCCAUUCAGCUGCUCAAGGUGCUUCCUAGCCCACCGGACGACAACAUCUUCUUCUCGCCGUACAGCCUCUCGACAGCCCUCGGCAUGGCCUUCAUGGGAGCCAGAGGUGCCACGCUGCAGGAGCUCGCCCAAGCGCUCGGAUACAGCGCGGCCUCGCUCAGUGAGAGCGACGUUCAAGAGGGCUUCUCCCACCAAAACUCCAGGCUGCAGGGGCACGCCCGGCAAGCCGGCCUCGAAGUGGCCAAUAGCGCAGCGGUCCAGGAGGGCUUCAAGGUCCUCGACAGUUACUACGAUACUCUGAAUCGCACCUUCAACGCGCACCUCUUUAACGUUGACUUCCAGCACAACGGUCAGCAGGCAGUGGACACCAUCAACCAAUGGGUCAAGCAGGCGACGGACAACAAGAUCGACAAGCUGUUCGGCGAACCGCUGGACACCGACACGCGGCUGGUGCUCAUGAACGCGAUACUCUUCAAGGGAUUUUGGGAACGCGAGUUCGAGCCAAGCCAGACGACUAAGCACGUCUUCUACAACGGCGGCAUCCACGGCACUCAGGUGGACACCAUGUUCUUGCGGCACACGACCAACCGCGGCUUCUCGGAGCCGCUGCAGUCGAAAGUACUGGAGCUUCUGUACCGUGACAGCGAUUACAGCAUGGUCAUCGUACUUCCCGAGGUGCGGGACGGCGUGGAAGCUGUGAAGCAGGUUCUCACUAUGGAGAAGCUCAACGCAGCCAUUGCGUCGCUGAGGAGCCUCCCGGUGGCCAUUUCCCUUCCUAAGUUCAAGCUGGACAAACUGAACCCGCUGAAAAGCAACUUGACCCACUUGGGCUUGGGGAAGAUAUUCGGUGACGCCGACUUGUCGGGCAUCACGGGCGACCGCCAGCUAGUCGUGUCCGACGUGCUCCAGCGUGCUGUGGUCGACGUCAACGAGGAGGGCACCGAGGCAGCGGCGGUCUCUAGCGUCGUCGGCGUCAACCGCAUCGGUAUUGAGCCAUUCCCCUUCACGGCUGACCAUCCGUUCAUGUUCUUCAUCCGCGACCGCAAGACCAACGAGAUCUUCUUCGCUGGACAAGUGAACAAGCUCUGAGCAGAAGGCAUGACUGCUAUACGUUAUCAUCCAAAACCUGCGGAAGUUUCGAACAAAUAUGCGUGUUUUUCUUGUGGCUUGUGGCAAGUUGAGCUAUCGUGGCAUUAGUGUCAAAUGAAAUUACGUUCCUCUCAAAUAAUAAAGAAACAACUACGAA